AUGAAGUUCGGCCAGCAGCUCCGUCAGUCUUUGAUCAAGGACUACUACUGGCACUAUAUUGCUUAUGACGACCUCAAAGCUGCCCUCAAGAAACCUUUCGUUAACGGCAAGAACGGCGAACGGGAGGCAUGGACCGACGACGACGAAGCCAACUUCAUCCAGCUGCUGGAGGCAGAGCUUGACAAGGUUUUCACGUUUCAAAAGCUCAAGAGCCAGGAGAUUAUAUCGAGGAUCAAAGCUGCCGAGUCCGAGGUCAAGCAGGUAGUGGAACGGCAGGAACGCCAGAACCAGAACAAUUCAGAGCCCGACGCGGAGCUUGAGAACGAUUUCGAUCUGCUGGAAGCCGACCUUUCCGACAUUAUCGCCGACGUCCAUGAUCUGGCCAAGUUCACCCAAUUGAACUACACAGGGUUUCAAAAGAUCAUCAAGAAACACGACAAGCAGACCGAGUUGAUCCUUCGCCCGUCUUUCGCAACCCGUCUCAAAGCAAAGCCCUUUUUCCAAGAUAACUACGAUGCCUUUAUCGUGAAACUCUCCAAGCUCUACGAUCUGGUCCGGACGCGGGGAAACCCUGUCAAAGGAGACAGUAGCGCCGGUGGUUCUCAGCAGAACUUUGUCCGCCAAACCACGAAAUACUGGGUUCACCCGGACAAUAUCACCGAGCUCAAGCUCAUCAUCCUCAAGCAUUUACCCGUCUUGGUCUUUAAUCCUAACAAGGAGUUUGAAGAAAAGGAUUCAGCCAUCUCGUCUAUCUACUACGACAACCCGGAGACAUGGGAGUUGUACAUGGGCCGUCUCAAGAAGACCGAGGGCGCCGAGGCUAUCCGCCUUCGAUGGUACGGCGGCAUGGAAAACGAAACCAUCUUCGUUGAGAGGAAGACACAUCGAGAAGACUGGACGGGCGAGAAAUCGGUCAAAGCUCGGUUCACUCUGAAAGAGAAGAACGUCAAUGCCUUUUUGGACGGAACAUUGACCGUAGAAGAGGUCUUCGCAAAGAUGCGGAAAGAGGGAAAGAAGAGCGUCAAGGAGAUUGACGACCUCGAACAACUGGCUCGCGAAAUCCAAUACCGUGUCAUCAGCCGAAAACUCGUCCCAGUGACCAGGUCUUUUUACCACCGCACAGCUUUCCAGCUUCCAGGUGACGCACGGGUGAGAAUAUCGUUGGAUACUGAAUUGACCAUGACCCGCGAAGACAACCUGGAUGGUAGACAACGUGCUGGUAAGAACUGGCGACGGAUGGACAUUGGGAUCGAUUGGCCCUUUCCUCAGCUUCCGCCGGAGGAUGUUGAACGAUUCCCUUACGCUGUCCUUGAAGUCAAGUUGCAAACCCAAGCAGGCCAAGAACCACCUCAGUGGAUUCGAGACCUGACAGCAAGCCAUCUUGUCGAAGCUGUACCCAAGUUCUCCAAAUUCAUCCAUGGCACCGCUACCCUGUUCCCUACCCGCAUUAAUCUACUGCCCUUCUGGUUUCCCCAGAUGGACGUCGACAUCCGAAAGCCAAUCACUCACCGCUUCGGCAUUGAACGCCCUGCCAAUACCGCAAGCUACUCAACCAGUGAUAUUGACGAGGACGAGUACGACUCAGAUGAUCCAGCAGUUGAGGCCCAAACCACGGGAAAGACGACACCGAUGUUUGGUGGCUCUCAGGACACCGAAGAUGAAGGGACCAGGCGCUUGAAGGCUGCACGGCAAGCACUUGACGAGCAUUCCCGUGCCCAGGAUCGAGACUCCAUCGAAGCUAGCUACGCAGCUCCCGGUAACUCACUCGACGAAGAAGAAAGAGUUGCUGCUGCCCUGCGUGUAUCGGACGAGUACCUGUACGAUUCCGAAGAAGACGACGCCGAAGACGAGCUCGAACAAGCGCGACAAUCCCACUCGUGGAAAUACUACCCUCUGUUUCUGAAAAAACAGGCUCAUUUAGUCGGCGACCGUCUUCUCAAUGUCAUCCACAAAAUCCCCACGAGCACUCCCUUGCCGCAGAAUGGUGCCGUCGCCGGUGGUAGAAACCAGCUCACCGGCCAAGUGCAAGUUAAGCGCUUCAAGGCCCCGAAAGGCAAACGUAUACAUGUCCCUGUUCGUGUGGAACCCAAGGUCUACUUUGCCGCCGAACGCACCUUUCUCUCGUGGCUGGAGUUUAGCAUUAUCAUCGGCUCCAUUGCCGCGGCGCUCUUGAACUUUGGAGAUAAUGUAAGUCUGAUUUCGGCUUGGGGGUUCACGAUUGUCGCCUCUGCAGCGUUGAUAUACAGCGUUGUCAUUUACUAUCUGCGGGUGCAGAUGAUUCGCAAAAGGAGAGCUAGUGUCUCAAGGUACUAUGAUAAGUACGGGACCACGGCGUUAUGUGUGGGAUUGUUAGCCGCCACAGCGGUCACGUUUAUCUUUAGGAUCAAGGAGAAUGGAUGGUUUCAGCAACCGAGCGAUAGCUGA